CCGCUCCAGAGGCGGAGUCUGACGCCCCAGAAAAAAUCUCUCCUCCUCUUCUCUAACCUUGCUGACGAGGCUGGGACAUCAGAGACUUGCUGUGUCACGGAAAGGAAAGGGACCACUGCGAUGCUGCGCUAGCAGACAGAAAGCACCAGCUCCUCUCUCUUUCCCACCCCCCUCCUGCAAAAUCCACCUUUUCGCCCGCCUGCAGACUCCUUACCUCCCCAGCCUUGAAAAUCCGGACGUCUUGAAGCAAGCUCUCUCCUCCAGGAUGGAGACCCUCCCAGAGCCUCUUCUGGUCCGGAUCUUCGCAUCCCUCCCUGCGGUGGAACUGGUCUUAGUGUGUCGCCUCGUCUGCUCCCAGUGGAAAAACCUGAUUGACGGAGCUGCCCUCUGGUUGUUGAAAUGCCAGCAGGAGGGUUUCGCCGGGGAAGAUGCAGAAGAGGAAAGCGCCGACAGCUGGCAGACGCUCUAUUUCCUGAAUAAGAGGAAGCGGAAUUUAAUCAAGAACCCGGACGGCGAAGAGGGUCUUGAACAUUGGCAGGAUGUGGAAAAUGGAGGUGAUGGCUGGGCAAUUGAGGACCUGCCUGGAAAUUUUGGGCAAGAAUUCCCCAGCGAGGAUGUCCAUAAAUACUUUGUCUCGUCUUUUGAGUGGUGCUGUAAGUCGCAAGUCAUUGAUCUUCGCGCCGAAGGAUACUGGGAGGAGCUUAUGGACACCACCCAGCCUAAAAUUGUGGUGAAAGACUGGUAUGCGGCCCGGUGUGACGCUGGCUGCCUCUACAACUUGAAAGUGCAGCUCCUGUCUUCAACCGAGGAGGUGCUGGCUGAGUUUGUGAGCGACACCAUUGCCGUCCCGCAAGGCAACGAGGGCGAAUGGACCGAGAUCACCCACACCUUUGCCGACUACGGUCCCGGGGUCUGCUUUGUUCGCUUCGAACACGGCGGUCAGGACACCGUCUACUGGAAGGGCUGGUACGGCGCAAGGGUGACGCACAGCAGCGUGACUGUGGAGCCGUAGUGGCGGAAUCGGAGAGCCCUGGAGCUGCUUAGGAGCCUGCGCAUCAUGCCAUCCCUCAGCGAGGCCAGAGUGAACUUUGCAUGGUUGUCCUCAGGGCUGGAUGAAACCUGGCACUCAAUGCCCAACAGGAUUUAUGCACUUGCUGCGAUCUAUUUCUCUGGAAUUUCCCUAAGCAAGAGAGAAAAUAGAGUGCUUUCUUAUGUUAAAAGUGUUUCCCUGGGUCUUCCAGCAAUGUAGAAUAAUAUGAUGCUGGCUUGUGUGUUAAAAAAAUAUAGGAUAGCAGUAACCACAUCACCGAGGAUGUAAAAUGUUUUAAAAUACUGAGAGUUAAUUAGACAUCACCCCAGAACUGGCCCUACUAAACAUAUUCUAAGACAACAAUGC